AUGGCGGUAUCAAACAACUUCAAAUCUGGCAAUAUUUCUUUUAGUGGGUAUCAUGCAGAAACCAAUGGUCUGCCUUCUACAGCUGUGUGCAAUAAUACACUAUUACCUCUGUUGCCGGAUCACAUUCAAUCACCUGCCACUGUUCGACAUUUAAUCAAUAUUAUAUCAUCUAUUAUUGAUAAUGUGAAUUAUGGUCAACCAGUUGUUAUUACUGCAGAUCAACCAGUAUUUGCGAUUGCUAAGCAACUUCAGUGGAAAUACCCUGAUCUUUAUGGUGAGGAUAAAAUGAUUAUAAUGAUGGGGGGACUUCACAUUGAGAUGGCUAUUGAAAAUAUGAUUGGAAAGUGGUUAUCUGGAAGCGGUUGGACCGAAUUAUUUUUCAAGACUGAAAUCGCAAGUUCUGGACGUAGUGAAACGUUGCUUAAGUCUUCACAUGUUAAAAGAACUAGAUACGCUCAUGAAUGGAGUCUCUGGAAACAUGGGUGGCUCGAAGAUGCAAAGAAUCUGCUCAGUUUUUAUUUUGGCAGACAACCAUAA